ACACCACGGAGUUGCGCGCGCGCGCACGCGCGCGCGCGCGAGUGUCACGACCAGCUGGUUGGCAAGGGAGUCGCGAGCAGCCGAGCACUCGAGAGUCGAGACUCGAGACUCGAGACUCGAGCAGUACGAGCGGUAAGACGCGGCACUCCGCGAGCGCGUGUGUGUCGUUUGUUCGAUCGCACGUUCGCUCGCCCGUUCGUUCGUUCCUUCGUUCGUACGUACGUACGUACGUACACGUUCGUUCGUCCGUUUGUCCGUUCGUCCGUCCGUCCGUCCGUACGUACGCGCGUACGUACCCGUGGCGCGAAUUCCCGUCGUGUGUCCGCCCUCACUGUUGCCUCCUUCUCCUUUUCCUCCCUCUACUCUCGCUAACUCCGUACAUUCGUUCGUCCGUCUCUCUGUGAGAGCGUGAAACGUCGUGCAUCUCUGCUCGCGCCUGGCACCUCGUUCUCGGACACGACACUUGCCCCCGCGAAGCGAGCAUCGUCUGCUCCGUACCUCCUCUCCUCCAGCGCGUCGCUCCAUCAUCGUCCGCACCAUUUUUCCUCUCUCUCUCUCUCUCCCCCCCCCCUCCUUUCCCUGGCCUUUUCGCCUUCUCCUUCUCCCUCCAAUCAGGAGGCAAGAAGAGAGAAAGAGAGAGAGAGAGAAAAAGGUGUGAGUAUACGUGUGGUGUACAUCAUCCGCUUUGAUUGUGUACCGCUGGUGCGCGCCGUCUGUUCUCUCCGUAAUCUUCGUAGCGCGCGCGUACAAGCCUGUGUCAGUGUGUGUGCGCGCGCGCGCGCGCGUGUGUGUGUGUGUGUGGUUUACGUGCGCGCAAUACGAGCGAAUCAAGAUGGCCGCCGAUUCAGGAAUGGAGACGUGUCCCUCCCCGGAGAUUGCGGACUCCAGAAAACGGCCGCUCGACUGCGACGCGGAGAACGGCGCGACCAAGAGGUCACACUAUGGAUCAGGAGGAGAUGGAACGUAUCAUCUCAAAGUGUUGGUCCCCGGUGUGGCGGCCGGGGCCAUUAUUGGAAAAGGUGGAGAUACAAUUGCUCAACUUCAAAAGGAUACAGGGGCAAGAGUGAAGAUGUCUAAAUCGCAUGACUUUUAUCCGGGAACCACCGAAAGAGUAUGCCUUAUCACAGGCACCGUAGACGCUAUUAUGGAAGUCAUGGAGUUUAUCAUGGACAAAAUACGCGAGAAACCUGAUCUUACUUCUAAGACUACGGUUGAUUUCGACUCUGGAAAAGCCACUGCAGAGAGGGACAAGCAGGUCAAAAUUUUAGUGCCUAAUAGCACUGCGGGAAUGAUAAUAGGAAAAGCUGGGAAUUAUAUUAAACAAAUUAAAGAAGAAUCUGGUUCAUACGUUCAAAUCAGCCAGAAAGCUAAGGAUCUGUCCCUUCAAGAACGAUGUAUAACGGUGAUUGGUGAGAAAGAAAAUAAUCAUAGAGCGUUACAUAUGAUCUUAGCGAAAGUGGCGGAUGAUCCGCAAAGCGGUACCUGUCUUAAUGUCAGUUACGCGGACGUAAGUGGCCCCGUUGCCAACUACAAUCCUACGGGCAGUCCGUACGCUCAAGCUCCCACAACCACUCCCACGUAUACAUCUACUGCUGGUCUAAAUACAGUGAGUCUGUUGAACGGCGCUGGUUUGAGUCUAAAUCUGAAUUUGGGCGCAGCUAUCACCGCCGGUACGGCGCCGGUGACAACCCAGCUGCUGGAACAUAUAAAACUAAAUCUACGUACGACAGGUUUCACCGAGCCCGCUGCCACAGAGAUACUGGCCGCGAUCGCGACUCUCGCCAAGUACAAUAUCCUCGGGAUGGGAAUCGGAAUGCCAUCGAGUAUGAGCUAUUUGGGCAAUCCGAUGGACAGUACAACAACCGCGAACGGCUCGAACAACAACGGCGGUGUAUUCGGACCGAUCGGGACCGUUCCUGCGCUCGGAUCGACUUCGCCGACACCGCGGAAUACCCUCGAUCGGUACGAGCCGUUCGAUCCGUUCCGACAGAACAACACCGCCGCCAGCGCGAUACAUCUCAACAACAAUUCGUUCGGCCUGGGCACUAACCAGUUAUCACUUGUAAAGUAAAGUGCUUGCGACUACAUACGAAAAGUUCGGCCAAGGCAAGGAGAGAUCGAGGAAGGAAACGGAAGCUUUGUCAGUGCGCACGAUUAAAUUUAACAUGCUCGGUUACAAGCAUGUUAUAGAAUAAUCUUGCACGCGCAUUUAUGUGUCCGUAUAGUUUUUAUCACGAUGGGAGAUGACAAGAAAUCAGAAGCCGAUUCCCUUCCUAUGUAAAAUGCGUAUAACUUGUGGAACACGAAUCUCCUUGCGAAUAUUCCGGUAAGAAUCAAAUACAAGUGAAAGAAGCAUAGAUCACGUAUAAAGGCCAUAGCGCGAUUAGCCAGUCUAAAAUAAGUAUUUUCCUUAAUAUAAUGUUGGUUUAGCGUACCGCCUCUCACAUUUUAGUAAUUACAUCGAUACUAUUGUGUAUAGAGUUUACAGAGUUGUGUCAAGAUUGUUACUUCUAUAGCGGUUCAAGUGUUUCCUUGUAAUCUCUAAUCUGUUUAAUUUAGUAUAACGGGUAAAGUUUUGAAAGAAUCUUCAGAUUAACAUAUUUUCAAAAUGCAAAUAAUAUAACGAAGCUAGAUGCAGAUAUAUUUUUGAAGAUUUAAAAUAUUAAUAACGAGAACAAGUAUAAAGAUUUUCAAUACACGUUUUUAAAACAUAACGUUAAAUAGACCUGCUUUUACAUACGCUUCUAAGGAUUAUCAUGUGCUUGAAGAUGAGCGAAAUGCAGAACCGUUGUCGAAGUAACACUUUCGACGAAAUUUUUCGAUGUUGCUUAACGGCAUAAGUGUAUAUGCGUAGUGUACUAGCGUGUGUGUGUGUGUGUGUGUGUGUGUGUGUGUGUGUGUGAGUGUGUGUGUCUUUGACAUAUUAUAUAGUACUGAGGUGUUUAACAAUACAUCAAGCGUACGGUUUCGCGUGUAAACGAGCUGUGUGAAAUCUCUACAUGCGGUCAAUAUUGAAGCAGAGAUAAUUUUGUCACAAACAUUAGGUCGACAAUAUCGACAUACCGCAAUUGUAUAUUAAUAUAGCAGGGCGUUACACACACAUACACAUACACUUAUGUGUACAUGUAUAUAACAAGUGACCAAAUUAUUUUAUCACAUAUUGAAUCGCAUAGGGACCAUUUAGUCCUUUCCGAACCAACGAUUUCAUAAGGAACCGCUUUCGGCAAAGCGUUGUCCUUUAACUUUUUCAUUCAAAGAUCAUGCAAACAAUAAUUAUCGAAUAAAGACUGGGAAAAUAUUUUUUGUUUAUUUUUGCUACAUUUCAGAAAAAAUCGGCAUUUACAUUUGGUUUCAUGAAUAAGAUUCGAUUCUAAUUGAGAUCAUGGGAACGGAAAGGAUGAAAUGUUCGCACGUGUAUCGAAGAUCUUCUAAAACGAUCGACACGGCGAUCGUAGCGGCUGCAUCUGCACAAAGUGGCAAAAGCAGUAUUGAUUGGCCAGUCAAUGUUACCUACGAGUUGUUUUAACGAGAGAAUAAUAUUAGAAUAGACCGGCAGUCGUCGCCCGCUCUUAGGAGAGUCUUUUAUUUUUUCAUACAGCGCUUUGUUUUGUACAGUUUAAAAUAUAUUCCUCCGUUCGCAAACCCACUAAUAAGCGCAAAGACCGCGGCGCGACGGUAUGCACACGUGUACGCGUCACUUCGCCAGUCGAUAGAUGUAACUGCAAGAUACACUUAGGCGUAGAUUGUGUGUAGCUAGUUUCUGAAAUCUCUUAUAAAAUUACGUCAUUGCAAGUUUCAACAGGUUAAAAUAGUAAAUGAUCGAUUCUAUCUGAGACAAAAAAAAAGAGAGAAAGAAGAUAAUUAUAUAUUUGUACACAUACGUGUACGCUCGCAUGUGUACAUAUAUGAAACGAAUUAAGAGAGAGGAAAAAUUAAAUUAUACUUCUCGCGUAAAGAAAUACAUACACACACACACACACACACACACACACACACACACACACAAAUAAAAAGAAAACGUGGAGGUGUAGCGUAGUAAUCAGGGAACUGUAGGAAUUGCAUUGACUCGCCUCAAUUCUAAUUAUGACUAUUGUUACAGUAACUAUUAACUGAAUUUGACACUUGUCGCCGCGUGCGGAGAGUGACUCGCGUGUCACGUUACUUGGCUGUGUGUGUUAGGCUACAUCGUAAAAAUCAUGUUCCAUCGUACUUUCAUCUCCAGUUCGCAUUAAGCUCCGUUAAAUCAGAUGUGAGACGGAGAGGGAAAAACGCGAAGAGAAAUGGAGGGAAACGCAAAAAGGUACAGAACGCUGUAUUUGGAAUCGCGUUUUAUGCUAAGGGUAAAAGAAGAAUACGAACUUCUGCGUGUCACCUGCACUCCACAUCCUUUAGUGCCAUAUCGAACCCUCUCCAUCCCUCCCUAUCCACUUCCUUUCCUUGCCAUCUAUCGGCCACCACACUUGUUAACGUUUGACAGUAGAACAUGUUGUUAAAGAUAUGUAUAUCCUGCGCGACGCACGUAGACCAUUUUCAAUAAAAAUCGGACUACAUCGUUUAUUUCACAUUAUAUACUAAAUAAUGUUAUGCAGCAGAUACUUUAUUAUACACGUAUUCUUAGUUUGCAGUAUAUGGAAAAUAUAAAAUAACAUUCUUAUAACAGUUAAAGAUAAUGUAGGAAAGAAAAAAAAUUACAGAAAGAAUAACGACCCUGCUGCAAAUUGAAAGAGAUGUUAUUUAAUAUAUAUAUACUUUGAUUCCAAUAUUAUCACAUUACACAUUCACAUUUUUUGGUUUUACAUAGUUAUGUGUCCUGUUUCAGCUUGUCCAGCGUUUAAUCGAUGAUAAUAAAGGCAGAAAUGCAACAAUGUGUAAAGUUAUUGGUAUAGACGCACGCAGUAAUUUGACAAAUUAAAUAAAAAUUAACCACUGCGACUGUUGUGGAUAAAAGGAAAAAGAGAAAAAUCAAUUGUGUAAAUUUUACAAGUCAGGCAAAUUCAAUAAUCAUGAAAAAAAUAAAGUGCGAUUUUAAAAGUCACGGGCGUAAAAAAAGUUGUAUUAAAAAUGUUUGUAUUGAUGGAUCGAGGGCCUAUAUAUCGAUUGACCAAUAACAAGUUUAAAAAGAGAAAGAGAAGUACAGGCACGUACAAGUAAACUGUUCGAGAUAUAUUAUCGAGUUAAUUAUUGCUUCAGAAAGAAUGUUACAUCUGCCUCCGUAAAAAGUUUUCUCUAAUUGUUAGUUUACUGCCACUUCUUUGCAAUUAUUCGCUGUAAUCAAAUAUUUAAAUAAUAGGGUAAAUAUUUGCUGAUAACCAAGAAAAUAAUUUAAAACGUUAUACACACACAUGUGUGUGUGUGUAUAUAUAUACGUUAAGACAUAAAGAUUGCUAUAGAAAAAGUAAAAAAAAAUUUAUUUAUUGCAUCCUAUCGCAUUGAUUGACAAUAGCAGAAAAGAUAUUUAUGUAGUACAAAAGUAUAAAGAUAAUCACAGGCACUCGGAAAUUAUUCAAUUAAACGCGACUCGAAAUAUUUCUCAUAUCAUGAUAUCUUUGUUUUCUUAAUUGUUAGCGACAUUCUUGUGAAGUAGCGAGCUAACUCCAUCAUCGAUUGAGAAAUAAAAGGGGAAAUAAAGUAAAAUAAUAAUAAUCUAUAAAAAGAAGAAAAUUAUGUAUCGAAAAUGUAACGAGGUGGCGCGUUAUAUAACAAGGUCCGCGGUAACUAGAACGCGCUACGUUAUAUUACGAGAUAAUUAAGAGGGUUGUACAAAACUGUAUGUAAUGUUAUUUUGUCGGAAGUAAAAAAUAUUAAUAGAGUUAGAUUGUUAAUAUGGUAUAUUAUUUUUGGGUAAGCAUAACGUAAAAAAGAAGAAAAAACCAAGAAAAGAAAGAAUUAAGAGACACUCUCGGAUGUGAGAUCGUUGUUGUUGAGAUAGAGAUAGCACAUAGCAGUUCGGGAAUUAAAAUGGAGAAUUAAAGAAAAACAUUUAAAUAACAUUAAGUAGAGGAAGAAAGAGAAGAGGAAGACUAUUGAGUACCUUGUUGAGUAUAAGUAGUCGUAUAUUGCUAUAAAUCGCAAGUGCACGUGGGUGCGCGUGUGCUCUCAUCUCACAUAGUUUCGUUCACAUACAUGCAUACAUAAAUACACAUACAUAUUGUAUAAUGUCAAAAGUGCAUGCUUACACGCGAAUAAGAGAUAUUG